GGUAUUACCUGCAGAUAAAAUUUUGCAGAAAAAUUUGUAGGAAUAACGUUUCCUGCAAAAUUUUAUGAAAAAUUCGCAGGAAAAGUCGCAUGUAAUAAGAGAAAUUCUAGUAGUGCCGGUAUAUAUAAGAACAGAAAGGCUAAAUUCAAAAAUUACUAGAAUUCUAUCAAACUGAUAAUUUUAAAUCUUUAAAUAAAAGGAAAGAUAAAGAACCCUAACAGACUCAUAAAUAUAAAAGGAGAGAUAAAAAAAAAAAAAAACUGAAAAGAUAAUAAAUAAAUAAAUAAAUAAAUAAACCAAAGAUAAAUGCCAGCCGCUUUGUAUGACAUCACAUGGCCAAACACAUAAUGUGUCAAGCAAAUCUCUGUCACUCCUUCAUGCGAUGGAUUUCGAGAGUGGGAGACAAUGCAAGGAGAAAAGUCAAUAAUGAAAGCAUGGAGUAUCUUAAAUUGCUUCUUCAGGUGUGGCCUUAUCUGAAGCCGCUACUGAAAGAACUUCGGUCCUACGAAAGCAGAGUUGGAGAACUAGCCAAAGAUGUUAAUAAGCUGCGAAAAGAGAGAAAAGUUGUUCAAAAUAAAGUUAGAGAGGAAGAAAAGAAACAUGGGAGAGCUAUUGAUGAUGAUGUCAUUAAAUGGUUAAAAGAGGUAGAUGGGAUCAUUUCUGAGUAUGAGAAUUUCUACCAAGAUGAAGACCAUCCAUAUGCCAUGUGUUCCAUUAAUUACCUUCCUAAACCGGGAAUAAGGUAUCGUCUAAGCAGAACAGUAAAUGAUAUCAGCAAGAGGGUUAAUGUACUAUUGCAGAAUGCAAAGCAUGAUGAUUUUUCUCAUUGGCUGGGCCCACCUUCCUUCGAUGCUGAUUUUGAUAACAUUAGGUAUGAAAGUUUUGCAUCGAGAAACCAAACUACGGAUGAUAUUAUGAAGGCUUUGGCAGACUCGAAUGUUGGAGUGAUUGGAGUUUAUGGGUGGAGUGGUGUGGGAAAGACUAGUUUAAUCAAAGAAGUUGCCAAGCAAGUAAAAGGAAACAUGUUUGAUGUGGUGAUUAUGGUGAACAUAACAAGUCAUCCCGAUAUACGAAGUAUUCAAGGGCAAAUUGCUGACAGGUUCGGCAUGAAAUUGGAAGAGGAAUCUGAGAGUGGAAGAGCAGCUCACAUACGGGAGAGAUUGAAGAAUUGGAAGGAGAAAACCCUUAUAAUCCUAGAUGAUAUGCGAGUGAAACUGGACUUCAAUAUGGUGGGAAUUCCAUUAGAAAAUAAUGAUAACAAUCAGAUGAAUCACAAAAAGAAAAACCCUUCGACCCACCCCAAUUAUUUAAUUAAAACAGAAGGAUUUGAUACUUCCAGUUUGAUGAAUGUAGAAGAACCUCUUGCUAGAUACAAAGGAUGCAAAAUUUUGAUGAUUUCUGACAGUGAACAACUUUUGUUGAGUCAAAUGAAUGGGAAAGACAUUCAAACUUUUCGUGUAGGAGCAUUAACUGAAGAAGAAGCAGAGAUGAUGUUUAUGACCAUGGCUGAAUUAGGCGAUGAACAGUUUACGUUCAAGAAAUUAGCAGCUAAAAUUGCCAAGAAGUGUAAAGGGUUGCCCAUGACAAUUGUAACAACUGCCAAUGCAUUAAAAACUAAAAGCCUUUCAGUAUGGGAGGAUAUGUAUCGACAGCUUGAAAGGCAAAACUUAACAGCAACAAUGCCAGAGUUUUCCACAAAGCUGAGUUAUGAGCUUAUAGAAAAUGAGGAGCUUAAGCACACUUUCUUAGUUUGUGCUAGUAUGGGUCAUGAUGCAUUAAUUACAGACUUGGUCAGAUAUUGCAUUGGGUUGGGUUUCCUUCAAGGAAUUCACACCGUAAGGGAAGCUAGAGAUAGAGUACAUGUGUUGAUUGGAAAGUUGAAAGAGUUAAGUUUGUUGGCUGAUAGUUUUUCAAGUGAUCGUUUCACCAUGCAAGAUAUUACCCGUGCUGCGGCUUUGUCCAUAGCGUCCCAGCAGAUGCAUUCAUUUGCUCUCACAAAGCAAAAGCUAGAUGAAUGGCCCGACAAGGACAAGCUUAGAAGGUACACGGUUAUUUCCUUACAACAUUGUGAUAUAACUCACAUCAUGAAGAAGUUUCCUAGAAGCAUAAAUUGUUCUAGACUUAAAGUCUUCCAUUUUGACAAUAAAGAUCCACAUUUGGAAAUACCACACAAUUUUUUUAAUGGAAUGAAAGAACUUCGAGUGUUGAUAUUGAUUGGCGUUCGUCAAUCAUCCUUACCUUCAUCAAUUAAAUGCUUACAGAAUCUCAGAAUGCUUUGUUUAGAGGGAUGCAAGCUAGGUGGGGAUUUAUCUAUCAUUGGAGACUUGGAGACAUUAAGAGUUCUUAGUUUAUCAGGAUCUGAUGUUAAUUAUUUGCCUAUUCAAUUGAGGCAGUUAACUAAGCUACAAAUUUUUGACAUCAGUAAUUGCUUUAAACUUGAAGAGAUUCCUGCUGAAAUGUUUUCAAGUUUGACUAGUUUGGAAGAGUUGUAUGCUGGAAAUAGCCCAAUUCAAUGGAAAGAUGAAGGAGAAGGAAAUCAAAGUGGAAAGGCAAGUCUUUCUGAGUUGAGGCAACUGGAUCAGUUAACAACACUGGUCAUACAGAUCCAAAAAAUUACCGUUUUGCCUAACAACUUGUUCUUUGACAAAUUGGAUAGAUACAAGAUCAUCAUCAGAGAAUAUUUGAAUGCAUAUUCGGUGUGGGAUUUCAAGAUGCUAGAGAUGUCUGAAGCAUCAAGAUAUUUGGCACUUCAGCUCGAAAAUGGCUUUCACAUUCAUCAACAGAAGGAGAUCAAAAUACUAUUUGGAAGAGUUGAAAAUUUGUUGUUGGGACAACUAAAGGAUGUUGAAGAUAUUUUCUAUGAAUUGAAUUAUGAAGGAUUUCCAUAUCUAAAAUAUUUGUCCAUUGUAAGUAACUCGAAAGUUAAGUCCAUCAUCAAUUCAAAGAACAAAAAACAUCCAGAGAAAGCGUAUCCAAAAUUAGAGUCAUUGUUUCUCUAUGAAGUACAGAUGGAACAUAUAUGUCGCGGUCAACUUACAAAUGAUUCAUUCUGCAAGUUGAAAAUCAUCAAGCUCGAGAUCUGUGGUCAAUUAAAGAAUGUCUUCUUCUCCUCUAUGAUUAAACAUUUUUCUGCACUUGAAACAAUUGAAGUUUCUAAGUGUAACUCUUUGAAGGAGAUUGUUACCUUGGAAGGGGAUAGCAAUAGAGAUGAAAUUAAGUUCCCUGAAUUGCGCUCUUUGGCCCUACAAUCUUUGUCUGAAUUUAUUGGAUUCUACAUCAUGGAUGGCGCAUCAAUAGGAGAGCAAGUGCAAAACAGGAAGCCUAAUGAACUCUUUGAUAAAAAGAUUGUAGUUUCUAAACUAGAGAAAAUGCAACUGUCAUCGAUCAAAAUCCAAAAAAUAUGGAGUGACCAACCUUCAACGAGACCUUACUUUCAAAAUUUGAUGCACUUGGAUGUGAACGAAUGUUGGAAUAUGCGAUACCUACUGUCCCUUUCGAUGUCCAAAAACCUGGUGAAUCUUCAAAAGCUUUUUGUAAGUGAAUGUGGGAUAAUGGAGAGCAUUUUUAUCGAAACGGAAGAUAGUAUGAUCCAAAUUGAGGAAAGCCUCUUCCCUAAGUUGAAGAUUAUCAACUUGAAAGGCAUGAAGAAAUUGAAAGAGAUAUGGCAUCGCAAAUUUCCUUUACAUUCCUUUGACAAAUUGGAUGCGUUGAUCAUUGAGGGGUGUAAUAAACUUGAAAAUGUUUUUCCUUCAUAUAUGGUCGGAAGAUUCAAGAGUCUAUGCAACUUGAAGGUUACUAAUUGCAAGUCAAUGAAAGAGAUAUUUGACCUCAAAUGUUGUGAAAAAUGUGAUGCUAAUAUGGCCAACUUGCAAAAUGUUCAUGUACAUGCACUGCCAAAAUUGGAGCAUGUAUGGAACAAAGACCCUGAAGGGAUUCUUCACAUAAAAAAUUUGAAAACGAUACGGGUUCAAGAAUGUCUCAACUUAAAAAAUAUAUUUCCAGUCUCUGUAGCCAUGGAUCUUAAAAAACUUGAAUACCUUGAGGUUUGGAAUUGUGGUCAAUUGAAGGAAAUUGUUUCCAUGGAGGAAACAGUCAAUGAGGGUACCAUUUCCUUUGAGUUUCCUGAAUUAACCACCACCAGAUUUUCAGAACUACCAAACCUUGAGAGUUUCUAUGGGGGAGCACAUGAAUUGCAUUGUUCAACACUCAAUAACUUAUAUGUGGAACUUUGUCACAAGCUCAAGCUUUUCAAAACAGAAAUUGAAAAUUCAGAAAUAAAGCCGGUCUUCUUGACUGAAGAGGUAAUCUACAACUUGAAGUCCAUGCAAGUAGAACCACGCGAUGCAAAUUUGUUAAUGACAUAUAUCGGGAACUACCGAAUGCACAAAUUAGAAGAGUUUCAAUUAUCUCGAUUAUUGGAUAACGAGAUUCUAUAUUUUUUCCUCAACAGAAAUCCUAAUCUGAAAAGCUUAUUGUUGAACAAUUGUUUGUUUGAGCAGUUAGCGCCUCCAAGAAGAAUUAUUGAAGAAAAAUCGGGGGUUGUUCCAAGGCUCAAAAGCUUGACGUUAAUAAACUUGCCUUCACUAAAGAUGAUAGGCUUCGAAGAAGACAAAAUACUUUUUCAAAGGUUAGAGUGCUUGAUUUUAAAAGAAUGUCCAUGUCUGAACAUCAUAGCACCCUCCUCAGUAUCCUUCACUUACUUGAAAAAUUUGGAAGUGAGUCAUUGUAAUAAAUUAAGCUAUUUAAUUACGCCAUCAACUGCAAGAAGCUUGGUUCAACUCACCACCUUGAAGGUAAUCCAAUGUGAAUUGAUGAAUACUAUUGUGUCAGAGCAAGAAAAUGAUUCCGAAAAAUUAAAGGAAACAGAGCUACGGAUUAUUUUCAAACAAUUGAAGGAAAUAGAACUCAUAGCUCUGCAUAAACUAGAAACUUUCGGUAGUUCUACGCAUGCCUUUGAUUUUCCAUCAUUGGAAAAAUUUGUAGUGGGUUCAUGUGGCAAUAUGAAAAGCUUUACCUUCUUUGAACAAGACAACAAGACACCAAUUUUACGACAAAUAUGUGUUAGACAUGGAAAGGGGGAAAACAUAUGUUAUUGGAAAGGUGAUUUAAAUGCUACGAUAAAACACGUGUACAACAUUUGGGCUAUUGAUCCACACGACAUGGCAGCUUCCCAUCCUUACGAACCACUCGAGAGCUCUCGAUUGAAGACUUUGAAGCUGACAAAUUGUGAAGUGGGAUCAUAUGCUAUUCCAUCUUUUGUUUUUACAAGUUUAAAGAACUUGGAAGAAUUAGAAGUAAGUGGAAUCAACGUAAAGGUAGAGGUAAUAUUUGAUAGUAUAACGGAGACUGAGAUGAGGGGAUAUAGCUUUCCGUUGAAAAAAUUGACUUUGUGUGGUCUGAAUGAUUUGAGAGUCAUAUGGGAUUGGGAUUGGGAUUGGGAUUGCGAAGGAGUUCUCAGCUUCCAAAAUCUGCAGGAAGUGCGUGUUACUAAUUGUGGAGAGUUGAAAAGUGUGUUUCCUUUAGAGAUGGCUAAAAAAGUUGAGAAGCUCAAGAAACUUGAAAUAAUCAAGUGUAAGAACCUUGAAACAAUUGUUAGUGAGGAGCAUGCAAGAAUUGAAGAAACAAUAGAAUUUUCAUUUCCGUGUUUAACCUCGCUGGAUCUGUGUGAGCUGCCACGACUUACUGGCUUUUAUCCUGGAAGAUAUACUCUAGAAUGCCCCGAGUUAAAUCAUUUAGUGGUGUUGUUUUGUCAUAACUUGAAGACAUUUCAAAGCUUGCAAGAGGCACAAAGUUCUACUUCAGUAAACAGACAACCUCUUUUCUCCGAAGAAAAGGCUAUUUUCAUUCUGGAGUCAUUGAAGCUCGAUUGGAAAAACACUAAGAUGAUGCUAUGCAACGGAAAUUUUCCAUUACAUGAACUAGUGGAACUUGAGCUUGAUUUUAAUGCUGCCGGUGAGUUUGGGCUUGAUUUUGAGGAUGCCCAUUGGUUUGGGCUUGAUUUUGAGGAUGCCCAUUGGUUUGGGCUUGGUUUUGAUGAUGCCCGUGGGGUAUGGAAUUUUCCCGUUGAGAUAUUUGAGAAGGCAUCCAAUUUAGAAUAUCUUGAGAUAAGCCGAUGCAGAGGUCUUGUGGAGUUAUUCCUCUCACAACAUGAACAACAUGAAAUGAGAUGGAGUAGAAACUUGAGAACCGUGUCCCGUGUCUGUAAAGAAUUACAAAAAUUGUGCAUUUCCUCGUGCCCUGAUUUGACAACAUUAGGACAUUCAGCAGUGUCAUUCUCCAAUCUAAAACAUUUGUCUAUAAAAGAUUGCCAUAAACUGAGGUAUUUAUUUACAUCCACAACAGCAAGACAGUUGGUGUUCCUUCAAGAGAUGUACGUAGUGAAAUGUAAAUCAAUGGAACAAAUAAUAUUGGAUGAAAAGGUAUUGGGAACUACAUCAGAAGCCAUAAAAUUUGAGCGAUUGACAACCAUAAUUCUAGAUUCUUUACCAAAGUUGUUAUAUUUUUAUUCGGGCAGUGACACUCUAGAAUUAUCAUCUCUGAUGAGAGUUCUCAUAUGGAAAUGUCCCCACAUGACAAUCUUCUCCCGAGGCGACAUACAUGCGGAGUACUUUAUGGGUAUUCAGGCAUCGUUGGAUCCAAACAAAGAUUUGCUCUUCAACCAAGAUCUUAACACCACUGUGAAGGGGAUGUUCCGCGGACGGGAGCUUUUUAAAGGCUUGUUGCACAAACCACCGAGAGAUAAUGAUGGUCAACUGGAUUUAUGGAUGGAAUUAUUAUUGUAUGGGAAAACGGAUUGGCUGAUGCAAAACAAAUGGUUUUGUGAUUUGGUAACUUUGAAGCUACGCAACAGCAUUCCGAUUGACAUUCUUGCCCAUUUAAAGAACUUGGAAGAAUUGGAAGUCUGUGAUAGCAACGAAGUAGAGGUAAUCUUUUAUAUGAAUCACACUGAGAUUGAGGAAACAACAUCCCGCAUAAAGAAAUUUAGUUUAAAAAGGCUAUCAAAACUAAUGCGUGUGUGGGAAAAGAAUAGUGAAGGAGUUCUCAUCUUUAAAGAUCUGCAAGAGAUUGUUGUUAGUGGUUGUGAAAACCUGCAAACCUUAUUUCCUGCUUCCUUGGCAAAAUAUUUUGAGAAACUUGAGAAACUUGAAAUAGAAUCUUGUCGUAAAUUGCAAGCUAUUGUUGAAAAGGAAGAAGUCAGAACAAGAAACGUAAGGGAAAGGUUUGUGUUCCCUAGUUUAAAGGAGUUGGAUCUCCGUGACUUGCCACAGCUUACUUACUUUAAUUCUCAAACACUCACUCUGAAAUGCCCCGUCUUAACUAAUUUAUCUGUGUUGAAUUGUCACAAGUUGGAAUUAUUUCAAAGUGAGGGUACUUCAACUAAUGGACUACCUAUUAUCUUCUUUGUAGAGGUCAUUUACAACCUAGAGCAAUUGACUCUUGAUUGGAAACACAUUUCGACCUUAAGCUUAAAGUUUAGGUCAAGGGAAUUAACAGAAGAGCUCAGCAAAUUAAAUGAAAUUUCCCUGUAUCCUGGCACUGAUGAGAAUGAGGAACCUGUGUUUCCCGUUGAAAUACUCAAGAAGGUACCCAAUUUAACGAAAAUGAGUAUAAACAAUUGUAACCGUCCUGAUAUAUUCCUUGCUGCAAACCCCAAAAUUGGUGAGGUGAUGCUUGGACAGUUAAAAAUCCUGACACUACGUCAAGUAUCUGACCUCCAAUUCAUCAUGUCAUGGUUAAACACAAGUUUUGAGAACCUCCCAGAAUUAAAUGUUACCCAAUGUCCUCAUUUGGCAACAUUAGUACACUCUACCUCUACAGUGUCUUUUUCUUGUCUGAAAAAGGUGUCUAUAUCCAAUUGUCCCCAAUUGAAGUAUUUAGUUACUUCUUCAGCAGCCAAAAAGUUGAUGAACCUUGAGGAAAUCACGGUGGAGAAUUGUGAAUCCGUGAAAGAAAUAGUGGCUAAAGAGAGCGAUGCAACUUCAGAAGCCAUUCAAUUUGAGCGACUAAACACCAUUGUUCUAUAUUCUUUACCUAGUCUCAUAUGUUUUUACUCGGGCAGUCACACUCUACAAUUGUCGUCUUUAACAACAGUGCAUGUAAGGAAAUGCCCCAAUUUCAAGAUUUUCUCCCAAGGACUCAUAUAUGCAGAAUCGUAUCGGGGAAUUCAGAUGUCGUCGGAUCCAAGUCAUAAACAAGAUUUGCUCAUCCAUCAAGAUCUUAACACCACCGUAAAAGUGAUGUCGCGACGACAGGAGUUUUUUGACGCCAUUGUGGAGACUCAAUUUCCUUUGGAUCCUUAUUAUUUACGAGCAGACCAUGUGGGUAAUAUUUCUGUUGGUAUACAAAACGAAUGGUUGCGCAAUUUAGGAACUUUGAAGCUGGACAAGUGGAUUUUACCAUAUGUAAUUCCAUCUUUUAUUCUUCAUCUUCUAAACAACUUAGAAGAAGUGCAAGUACGAGAUAACAACAAAGUAGAGGUCAUUUUUUAUACGAAUGACACACAAAUUAUGGGAAUACCAUCCCGGUUGAAGAAAUUGACUUUUCAAAGGCUAUCGGGGCUGAGGCAUGUUUGGGAAAAAAAUAAAGGACUUCCCGUCUUUCCAAAUCUGGAAGAGGUCGUUGUUAGUGAUUGUGAGAACCUUCAAACUUUAUUUCCUACUUCCCAAGCGAAACAUCUUAAGAAGCUUAGAAAACUUGAAAUAAGAUCUUGCCAUAAAUUGCAACAAAUUGUUCAAAGGGAAGAAGACACUCCAACAAACAUAACAGAACAAUUUGUGUUCCCCCUUCUAGAGGAGUUGGAUCUUUUUUACAUGCCACAACUCGCUUACUUUUACCCUCAAACAUUCACUCUCGAAUGCCCCGCCUUAAAAUUUUUAUCAGUGUUGAAUUGUGAUAAGUUAAAAUUAUUUCAAACCACACGUUUCAUGGGUGAGAGUGAAGGUGAAGGUACGAGUUCUCCAAAUCUAAAGGUCAUUUCCAACUUGAAAGAAUUGAGACUUGAUUGGAAACAAAUUUUCGAAUCAAGCUUAAGGUUUAGGUCACCGGAUUUUAUGAAAGACCAAUAUUUAAAGGAUGAGAGGCCUAUAUGGCUCAUUGAAUUACUCCGAAAGACACCAAAUUUAAUGAAAAUGAGUACAAGCCGUCGUUGUAAUCCCGAGAUAUUGUCUGCUGCAAACCACAAAAAUGAUGAGGGAAUGGUUGAACAGUUAAAAAUACUGGAACUUUGUCAAGUAUCUGAGCUCCAGUUCAUCAUGUCAAAGGACUCAUCAUGGAGAAAUACAAUCUUUGAGAAUAUCCAAGUCUUAAAAGUUGUCAGAUGUCAUGAUUUGACAACAUUAAUACAUUCUACUUCUACAGCGACUUUCUCUUUUCUAAAAGAAAUGUCUAUUUCCAACUGUCCCAACUUGCAGUAUUUAUUUACAUCUUCAGCAGCAGAAAAGUUGAUGAACCUUGAGAAGAUCACGGUGAUGGAAUGUGAAUCAGUGAAAGCAAUAAUGGCUAAAGAGAGCAAUGCAACUUCAGAAGCCAUUAAAUUUGAGCGACUCAACACCAUUGUUUUGCGUUCUUUACCAAGUUUGGUAUGCUUCUACCCGGGCAAUCAAACUCUGGAAUUAACGUCUUUGAUAACAGUUGAUAUACGGAAAUGCUCCAAUAUCAAGUUUUUCUCUGAGAGAGUCAUAUAUGCAAAAUCAUUCCAGGGAAUUCAGACGGGGUCGUCUACCAGUCAAAAUUUGCUUUUCCACCAAGAUCUUAACACCACUGUAAAGGCGAUAAUGCAGCGACAGGAGUUUUUUGACGCCAUGGUUGAGGCGCGUUGUCAUUCGGAUCAUUGGCUAGAAGCAGCUAAGCUCGGUAAUUUUCCCGCUGCUUCCCAAAACGAAUGGUUGCGCGAGUUGAGAGCUUUGAAGCUGGACAAGUGUAUUUUACCAUAUGUGAUUCCAUUUGUUAUUCUUCAUCUUCUAAACAACUUAGAAGAAUUGGAAGUGCAGGAUAGUGACAAAGUAGAGGUAAUUUUUGAUUUACAAGACACUCAGAUUGAGGAAACGCCAUCCCGAUUGGUGAAAUUGACUUUACUACGGCUACCGGAGCUGACACAUGUUUGGGGAAAGAAUGAAAAGGGGGAUGAAGAUGUUCACAAAGUAGAUGGCGAAGAUAAAUAUGAAAAUGAGAUGAUAUUUCAGAAUCUAAAGGUUUUGAAUCUUGACUCAUUACCAAAAUUUGAAAGCUUUUACACGGGGAGUUCCACUUUGAAGUUCCCAUUCUUGAAAGAAGUGUCGUUCAAAUGCUGCGGCAAAAAACUUUUCCAUCAUGGUGACAAAGUGCCAACAAAAUUGAAGGUGACAACAGAUGGAUUCCACUGGGAUGAUGAUGCAAAUUUUGCUAUCAAAAUAUUGUUUGGAAAGGAAGUAGAUGGAUUCCCUUGGGAAGAUGAUGCAAAUUCUCCUAUCAAAUUAUUGUUUGAGGAGGAAGCAACCUGAGUUAGUUUGGUGACAUAUUCCCUUGACUUGUAUGAAAUUGUUGUCAGGUGAGAAAAGCUUAUUGUCAUUGCGCUGGUUCAUGGUACCCUUUCGAAAACUAGUUUUCUUCUUCUUUCAAGUACGGCAAAAGAGCAGAAGACUUGGAAUGUUCAGGGGAACUCGAAGAAGUCAAUCAUAAUAGCAUCAUGACAACAACUAUCCACAAAUCAAGGGCUUUUCUUUUCUGUUGAAUCGUCGUGUUCAUGAAUAAAGUGCUCCUGUAUUUAUACAGAAGAAGAUGUGUGUGUGGUUUUUAAAUUAUAAAAAGAGUGUUUCAUAUGUUUGACUUGUAUUACUACAAGAGAUUUGAAUUGUUUUGAAUUAAGUUGUUGAAAGGUUUUCUACGAAUAAAAUCGACAUGGAUGUAUUUCUGAAUAAGGAUGCUCUCUACAGGAGUUAUGUAUGGUUUUUAAAAUAAUAGAGUGGU